AUGCCAAAUACUACUAACCUCAAGGCUGAGAACAAUAAGCUUAAUACCAGGGUUGUGAAAUUAGAACAGUCAUCAAACAAUAUUACACACGAAUUAGAAAAUUCUGUUCUCCAUGAAGCAUCGUCUUCUAAAUUGUUAGAAGAUAUAGAGACUGAUAAUUUCCUAGAUGUGCAGAGUAAGAAAGAGGUUAGUGAUAUGAUGAGAAAGAGGAGCAAGGAAAAGAAACUUCAAACUCAAGGGUCACAUAAUACCUCUUUACCAAUGUCAACUCUGCUGAUACCAUCUGAAAUAUCAAUUUCUAAUGAUGAUUCACCUGAAGUCUUUGAAGCUCUGGACUUAAAAACCAAGAAUCAAAAUCAAAGUAAAAGCCAGAACGAAUCACACAAGAAAAAGGGAACUGAGAAUAUUGCUCAAGCGAUAGCUGAUGGCAUUCAGGAUGCACUUGCGCACAGCUCCACUGAUAAUAUCCAUUCAGAUUUGAAUCAUGUGACUGAAAUUUCAGUGAUGGGCCAUUGUCAAAAUUCUGAUACAAUCUCAUUACUUGAUUUAGCUCAAUUAUUUGAUAAAGCAACUAAUGCUGAAUAUUAUGCUAUGAAAGCUAACCAGGAAGAAACCUUAUGCUGGAUCAACUAUGGAAAUGAAUUCAUAAUUCAGUAUAAUGAUCUUAUGAAAAAUAGUAAUAGCAAAAUUGGUGAGAAAAAGGCAAAAGGAUUACAGCUUCCAGAAAUCUCACGUAAAACUUUAUGUAGAAAAACCCAAAGGGCUUUGACCAAUGAUCAAAUUCAAAAGAUUAUCAAUAAUAAUAAUAUUUCUGAUCGUGAUGAGUUCAAUAUAGAGGAGGAAUCAAAUCACAUGACUGAAAUUUCAACAACAUCCUGUCACCAAAAUCAUGAAACCGAAAUUUUGCCUGAGAACUUACCAGAAGCCAAGGUAAGUAUACCACUUGUAUCUCAUCCCAAAAAGGCUUUAUUGGAAACUGAGGUAAAUGCAUUAUCAGCAUCUCAACCUCAAACUGAAACAAAGACUUUACCCAAGAAACAGAAUAAUCCAACCCAUAACCAUGCUUACUUUCAUAAUAAGAUAUUGUUGUGA